UGACGAAACCGACUGACGGGAUCUUGCUUUUGCAGCCAGGAGAGCGCUCUAAAGGCCAGCAGCAGCCGCAGCCGCCCUUCCUUUUGCACCAGCCACACAUCCACCCGCUCCCCCGCCGGGUCAAAGCUGCUCCCGCUUUGUUGGCCUGGCCGCCUGAGCCUCGGGCAGGGGGCGGAAGGCAAGGCGGCUGCGUCUCUGUCUCUUCCUCCUCCUCCUCCUGGCGCUGCCCCCGCUCAUGGCGACACUGGGCACAUCCGGGCUUUCUUCCUUCGGCGGCCGCCGCCGCCGCCGCCAACGUCGUUGCUGCUUCUGCUGCUCUGAGCCGCGGCCGGCCCGACUCCAUUAGCGGGUCCCGUCCCUCCUCCCUGCCGGCCUGCCCCCAACCCGUCCCUGGCGGGGAGGGCCCGAGAACGGCGGUGCCGCGCUCCCGGAGGAUCCACGGUGUCAUGUCCAACCAGGGCGCCCGGAGGAACGGGCCCGUCAAGCUACGCCUGACAGUUCUCUGUGCAAAAAAUUUGGUGAAAAAGGAUUUUUUCCGGCUUCCUGAUCCAUUUGCUAAAGUGGUGGUUGACGGAUCUGGCCAGUGCCAUUCUACUGAUACUGUGAAGAAUACCCUUGACCCAAAGUGGAAUCAGCAUUAUGACCUAUACAUUGGAAAGUCUGACUCUAUAACAAUCAGUGUAUGGAACCACAAGAAAAUCCAUAAAAAACAGGGAGCUGGUUUUCUGGGUUGUGUGAGACUUCUUUCUAAUGCUAUCAACCGCCUCAAAGACACUGGUUAUCAGAGAUUAGAUCUGUGCAAACUUGGGCCAAAUGACAACGAUACAGUUAGAGGACAGAUAGUAGUAAGUCUUCAGUCCAGGGACCGGAUAGGCACAGGAGGGCAAGUUGUUGAUUGCAGUAGACUAUUUGACAAUGAUUUGCCUGAUGGCUGGGAAGAAAGGAGGACAGCUUCUGGAAGAAUUCAGUAUUUAAAUCAUAUCACGCGAACAACACAGUGGGAGAGACCAACACGGCCAGCAUCAGAAUAUUCCAGUCCAGGUAGACCUCUGAGUUGCUUUGUGGAUGAGAACACACCUCUUACAGGAAUAAAUGGUGCAACAUGUGGACAGUCAUUUGACCCCAGGCUAGCAGAAAGAAGAGUAAGAUCUCAGAGGCAUAGGAAUUACAUGAGCAGGACUCACCUGCAUACACCUCCAGAUCUACCUGAAGGAUAUGAGCAAAGGACAACUCAGCAAGGGCAGGUAUAUUUCCUACAUACUCAAACUGGUGUAAGCACGUGGCAUGAUCCCCGCGUACCUCGGGAUCUUAGCAACAUCAAUUGUGAAGAGCUUGGUCCUUUGCCUCCUGGAUGGGAAAUCCGAAAUACAGCCACAGGCAGAGUUUAUUUUGUUGACCAUAACAACAGAACGACACAGUUUACAGAUCCACGGCUAUCAGCUAAUUUGCACCUGGUUCUAAACCGUCAAAAUCAGCUUAAAGAUCAGCCACAACAGCAGCAACAAGUCGUUUCGCUGUGCCAGCUUUCAGAUGAGGCUGAAUGUCUUACUGUGCCAAGGUACAAACGAGAUCUAGUACAAAAGCUCAAGAUUUUGAGGCAAGAGCUAUCCCAGCAGCAGCCCCAAGCUGGACACUGUCGUAUAGAAGUCUCCAGGGAAGAAAUUUUUGAGGAGUCUUACAGACAAGUCAUGAAGAUGAGACCGAAAGAUCUAUGGAAGAGAUUAAUGAUAAAAUUUCGUGGGGAAGAAGGCCUUGAUUAUGGAGGUGUUGCCAGGGAAUGGCUCUAUUUGCUAUCCCAUGAAAUGCUGAAUCCGUAUUAUGGCCUCUUCCAGUAUUCCCGUGAUGACAUCUAUACAUUACAGAUAAAUCCAGAUUCUGCUGUUAACCCGGAACAUUUAUCCUACUUCCACUUUGUUGGGCGAAUCAUGGGGAUGGCUGUGUUUCACGGACAUUAUAUUGAUGGGGGCUUUACGUUGCCUUUUUACAAACAGCUGCUAGGAAAGCCAAUUACAUUGGAUGACAUGGAAUUAGUUGACCCAGAUCUUCACAACAGCUUAGUAUGGAUACUGGAGAAUGAUAUUACAGGAGUCUUAGACCAUACAUUUUGUGUGGAGCAUAAUGCAUAUGGUGAAAUCAUACAGCAUGAACUUAAGCCCAAUGGCAAAAGCAUUCCUGUCACAGAGGAGAAUAAAAAAGAAUAUGUCAGGCUAUAUGUAAACUGGCGAUUUUUAAGAGGAAUUGAAGCUCAGUUUCUGGCUCUGCAGAAGGGUUUUAAUGAAGUAAUUCCACAGCAUCUGCUGAAAACAUUUGAUGAGAAGGAACUUGAGCUUAUCAUUUGUGGCCUUGGGAAGAUAGAUGUUAGUGACUGGAAGGCCAAUACAAGAUUAAAACACUGCACCCCAGAUAGCAACAUUGUGAAGUGGUUCUGGAAAGCUGUGGAGCUCUUUGAGGAGGAGAGGAGGGCUCGAUUACUACAGUUCGUGACUGGGUCAUCCAGAGUGCCUCUCCAGGGUUUCAAAGCAUUACAAGGUGCUGCUGGCCCAAGACUGUUUACCAUUCACCAGAUUGAUGCCAGCACAAAUAACCUGCCAAAAGCUCAUACUUGCUUCAACCGUGUAGACAUUCCUCCUUACGAAAACUAUGAGAAGCUCUAUGAAAAGCUGCUAACCGCCAUUGAAGAAACAUGUGGGUUUGCUGUGGAAUGAUCGUUUGUGGACCUCCAUGGAACUGUAUUUAUACUCCAAGCAGAAAAGCCUUUCCUUUCCUCAGCCAUGAUAUCAUAAAUGCUUGAAAUACAGGAAACUUUCUUCCCCCUUUUUCUACUAUAGGACGAUACGAGGGAAAGGACAAUUUUUGGAAUUCUUCAUUCAAGAAAAUGUUCUGUGGCUCCUGCCAAGGAAUAAUUCAGCUGCUAUUAAAAACCAGUAUCUUGAACAUACAGAAUGCUGACUUUUCCUUAAUUUCAACAGUUAAGCAGUAUUCUCCUUAAAAGACGACUACUAUUUUUGUAAAAGGUGAUCUGAUCUAUUUGCUUACCUGAUUUCUACUAUCACAGGUCCAAGGGACAGCUGUUGGUACAAGCCACGUUCCAGCUUGCUUAUAUAAAUAUGUGAUUCUGAACAGCACCUGUACCUGCUAUUUUUUUAAAUAAAAUAUUUUGAUUAUUCUAAUUUUGCAUAAAAUUGGCUAAACAAAUCAUAAACCUUUUAAAGUAAGGCCACUUCGCAGUAUAAACUGUAUUUUCUUAUAGUGAAUGAUUUUAUUCUGUGUUGUUAGUUCAAAUUCAGUGGUCCUUUGUGUCAGGAUUUUUAUAUUUCUCAAGCAUGAAUGACAGGGUUUGAGUCUUUCUCCUGUCAGAUUUCUCUAGCAGAAUCUUAGUCUGAGUUAAAUUGCACUGCAUUUGGUACAGUACUUUGUGGUAAAUGUGGAAAGCCCUUUUUGAAAAUGUAGGUGUUCAGCAUUUUUUAAAUGAGCAUUUUUGUAAAAAGUCAAUACUUGAGGCGGUUUUUUAAAAAAAUUGCUUUCCAUUUUAAAUGGAACUGCUGCAUUUUUUAGACUCCUAAAUAUAUAUGGAUAUCAUUAGCCUUCAUAGAUCAUCAAUUGAUUGUUCAAAACACUCUGUGCAUAUCAAACCAACCAAAGCUUUUAUGUUCAGAUACAACCAACCUGCACUGUAUAUUAGUUGUUGCUCUAUAAUCUUACCCAGAUAAAAUUGCCUUUACUUUUAA